AUGUCAAGCGUUCUUCGACCGGAUGGACCUUUCAGCGAGCGCUACCUCGUGGGCGUCGGCACUGAUGUUUCUAAUGGCCAGCCAGAACCGUCUGAGUCACCAUGUUGCCAGGAUAAAUCAUCACCUUGCUGCGAUAUCGAACGGGGCUCGGCUGAGGUUGAGCGCAACAUCGCAGGUAGUACAGACACGUCUCAGUCGCCCUGUUGCGAAGGCAAAUUGUCACCUUGCUGUGAUGAAUCCUGUCUUGAUAGGCUUGCACUUCGUGAAUGUGAAAAUGAAGAACGCUGCAAUGAUACAUCCUCAAUAGCUCAUGUUCUGGCAAGCAAACACUGCGACGGCAGCAAAGACGGAAAAGCAUGCGAGCACCACACUCACAUUACUCAGGAAAAGUUUGCUAUGAGCUUAGGAGGCCUUGGAUGUAUCUGCCGUAUCCUGCUAGCUCUCGGUCAAAAAUCCUGUUGCAUGCCUCAGAAGGUCGAGAAACAUUCGAGGGAGGGAACGAAUAGCUGCUCCUCGACGGCUUCUCGUUCUUCUGUAGAUUCUUGCUGUCGUUCCUGUCGUUCUACAGGACAACGUCGGUCAAUUGAUAGUAGCAUCAAUGUAAAGGUAAAAUUGACGAACAAUCCCACAGAACCUUGCUCUGGCCCGAACGACGGUUCUGUAGUCAGUUUACAGGAUGAUUGCUGUGGAGAGGACUGCUGUGCAGAAGAUCAACCAAAGGAGAUUACCGAAAUGCCGAAACGAUAUGUUCCCGCUAGUCCUGCCACUGAUCUCGAAACAGGAGGAUCUGGUAUCGAGCAUGUCAGCCUUAGCGUCUCCGGUAUGACAUGUACUGGAUGCGAGACGAAGCUCCAGCGAGCACUCGCGCAAAUUGAUUCAAUAAAACACCUGAAGACUAGCUUGGUUCUAUCUCGAGCUGAGUUCGACCUUGAUCUUAGCAUCGGGACUUUGGAAGACGUCAUGAAGCGCUUGGAAAGGGCGACAGAGUUUAAAUGCGAAAAGAUCACAGAUCAGGGAGCCAGCAUCGACGUGAUCACACCUAUCAAUGCUGUCGACUUUGUUAAACAGGAUUGGCCGCUUGGAGUCACGGACAUGAAGAUUACCAGCAAGACCUCCGCUUGUGUCCAUUAUGACCCGAAGGUAGUAGGUGCAAGAAAUCUCAUUGAGAGAGGCUGGGCUAUGCCUCUAAAGUUGGCCCCUCUACUCGCAGAUCCGAAUCUCGAGGCUGGCAGAAAGCACGUUCGUCAUUUUGGAUACAUGACAUUGCUUUCUGUUGCUCUUACGAUUCCUGUUUUGGUCUUGGCUUGGGCUCCGCUUCCAAAGAAGGACAUUGCUUAUGGCUCUGUAUCCUUGGCUUUGGCGACUAUCGUACAAAUUGUCAUAGCAGGACCGUUCUACACCAAAGCCUUGAAAAGUCUGGUGUUCUCUAGGGUGAUUGAAAUGGAUCUGCUCAUUGUCCUGAGUACCAGUGCCGCCUAUAUAUUUUCUAUCAUCUCAUUUGCUUUCCUUGCGUCUGGUAAUCCCCUCUCAACUGGCGAAUUUUUCGAAACAAGUACUCUCCUUGUUACCCUGAUCAUGGUUGGUCGUUACGUCGCCGCACUUUCUCGACAGAAGGCCGUCCUGUCCAUCUCGGUUCAUUCGCUCCAAACGCCAACUGCACUCAUUGUGGACGAACAAGGGGUGUCGGAAAGGGAAAUUGAUGCUCGUCUCCUACAGUAUGGUGAUUUCUUGAAGAUCAUCCCAGAUUCCAGAGUUCCAACUGACGGCACGGUUAUUUCUGGCUUCUCCACAAUUGAUGAGUCAAUGAUUACUGGGGAAUCAAAACCAGUCGAGAAGAGCGUGAAGUUUUCCGUCAUUGCGGGUUCCAUCAAUAACUCGGGGACACUGAUCGCUCGAAUAACCCGCCUUCCUAACGAGAAUACCAUCAGCACUAUUGCUAACAUGGUCGAUGAAGCCAAACUUUCGAAGCCACAAAUCCAAGAAAUUGCAGAUCGCGUUGCAAGUUGGUUUGUUCCGGUGGUAAUGGUUUUCACAAUCAUCACAUUUGCUAUUUGGAUUGCUGUCGGUAUGGUUGUUCAAGGACGAUCUGGCAAUGAAGCUGCCAUCCAGGCUAUCACAUACGCCAUUACUGUCCUAAUCAUUUCAUGCCCUUGCGCCAUUGGCCUGGCCGUUCCUAUGGUCAUUGUCAUCACCAGUGGUGUUGCCGCCGAGCAUGGUGUCGUCUUCAAGUCUGCGCAGAGUAUCGAAAUUGCGCACAAGGCGGCUCAUGUUGUCUUUGACAAGACUGGCACUCUCACUGAAGGCAAGCUAAUUGUUGCAGCUGAAGAAUACAUGGCUGAAGAACAAGGUGUCACGGCUUCUUUGCUUCUUGGUCUUGUAGGAAGUAUCAAACACCCAGUGUCUAUCGCCGUAGCUACACAUCUUCAAGCCAAAUCUGGCAUCGUUACGAAUGUGUCCGACAUCGUAUCAGUAGUUGGAAAAGGUGUUGAAGGCAUGUCUCCAUCCGGACAGGUCCUGCGAGCUGGAAACUCGCACUGGCUUGGUCUGAGUUCCGACCCACGCGUUAUAUCCAUCCUCUCGCGUGGCCUCUCAGCGUUUUGCUUCACAGUCGACGGUUCACUCCGCGCCAUAUUCGGUCUGGCGGAGGACAUCUUGCGUCCCGAUGCUAUCUCAACUAUCACACAACUGCGAACUUGGGGGAUCGCAAUUCACAUACUGUCCGGCGACGACGACGGUCCGGUGCGUGCUAUUGCUAGCCAGCUGGACGUUCCAGAGGACAAUGUCCGUUCUCGCUGCUCUCCGGCAGAUAAGGCUGCAUAUAUCAAGGCGCUUUGUACCGCGCCGGUCGAGUCUUUUGCAAUGCCCUACGCAUCAUCUAAUGCACCUGUUGUCAUCUUUUGUGGUGACGGGACCAAUGAUGCGGUCGCACUUGCUCAAGCUAGUAUUGGGAUACAUAUCAGUUCUUCCUCAGCCUCUCUUGCCGAAGUUUCCCGCUCAGUGGCCACCGUUAUUCUUUUGCAACCACGGUUGGCGGGCAUCCUAGAUAUCAUAUGCCUCAGCCGGCGGGCCACACAGCGCAUCGCGUGCAACUUUGUCUGGAGCGCGAUUUAUAAUCUCUUUGCUAUCACGCUGGGAGCUGGUGCGUUCUCUGCUGCAGGUGGCGUCAAGAUCCCGCCAGCACUGGCUGGUCUGGGGGAACUGGUGAGCGUACUACCCGUGGUCGCUGCGGCAGUAGCGCUACGCUGGGAGCGAAUAAGAAAAUGA